AGUUCUGUGUGCGAGACAGGCAGAGCGGCGUGCGCCUGGCGAGACAAAGGCGGCGGACCAGGGAACAGCUAAGAGAAAGAGGUUAGCUAGAUCCAGAUACAAUUUUCGGGAGGUAUGUGCAUUGAAAUGUAAUAGACUACGAACCGAUACGAAAAAUGACGGGCCGCUAAACGACAUCUGGCUUGAAUAGGUUCUCAUCAACAGACUGUCCCUUCUCAUUCGUUUUUAAACAUUUUAUCCAACGCCCCCCAAUUUAGCGAGCUAGCUAGCAUUAGCGCACUGGUCGCCACUCACCAUUCCUUCAAGAAUCAAAAGAGAGGAACUCAAUAAAAUCGGGAGUUGGCCAAAGGAAAAGAGCGCUUUUACACCCACAGGCGACCCAAGAUCGGAUGUUCAUCCUCGGGGACUAUGCCUAGCCCCUUAUUCCACCCCGAGAUUAUGGACCACGACAUGGUAGUGAGCAGCCAGCACAACGGGGUCAGUUUGCCCCGAGAAACGGAUCAGGAGUCCCGGGACGAGGGCCAUCAGGAGGCUCUCCGCUACGCCCUGGACCAGCUGUCACUUAUGGCCCUGGAGAAGGUGGACUGUGGGGGCGGUGGUGGGGGGCACGUUGACCCACUCGACGAGAACCAGGGACCGGUCUCCGAGAAUUGCAACGGCGGUUAUGUCAACCUGCAGUUGCUGGAGCACCCAGGAGGCUCCCGGGAAUCCCCGACGUCCUGCUCCCCGUCUCCAGAAUACUAUGGAUCGGGCGGGUACCACAUGGCUGGCCCGCACUCUCACUCCAUGCUCGGGGAACAAAACUCAAUUAUCUGCAAUCGCAAGAGGAGUGUCAACAUGACCGAAUGCGUACCUGUGCCCAGCUCCGAGCACGUUGCUGAAAUAGUGGGAAGACAAGGCUGUAAGAUCAAGGCACUGCGUGCAAAGACCAACACCUACAUAAAGACCCCGGUGAGGGGCGAGGAGCCCGUGUUCAUCGUGACAGGACGCAGGGAAGAUGUGGAGAUGGCCAAGCGGGAGAUCGUCUCGGCGGCCGAGCACUUCUCCAUGAUCCGUGCGUCCCGCUGCAAGGCCGGGGCCACGGGCACAGGAGCACCAGGGACGGGGGGAGCAAUCCCAGGACCCCCACACCUGCCUGGACAGACCACCAUACAGGUUCGGGUGCCAUACCGCGUGGUUGGGUUAGUGGUUGGUCCCAAGGGGGCGACCAUCAAGCGCAUCCAGCAGCAGACCCACACCUACAUCGUGACACCCAGCCGGGAGAAGGACCCUGUGUUCGAGGUGACGGGCAUGCCAGAGAAUGUGGACCGAGCCCGGGAGGAGAUCGAGACACACAUCACCUUGCGGACCGGGGCCUUCGUGGACCUCCAGGGAGACAACGACUUUCACACCAACGGAACCGACGUUAGCUUAGAGGGCCUGGGCUCGCUGGGCGCUGCUCUCUGGUCUCGGGCCAACAACCACCAUGCUGCCCCUCCACCCCCGCCUCCCCCUCCACCACCGCCACUCCCCCUGGCCAUGCACCACUCAUCUGGGAGGAAGCUAUCCUCCUUGGCCUCCUACCAUCAACACAAGGGAGGGAUGGGUUCUGAGAGCUACAGCGCCCCCAGGAGGGCCACAGAGGGAGGCAGCCCAACCAGCCCCUUCAGCACAGGCUCCAGCAGCGCUGGAGGAGGAGGCGGGUUCACCCCUGGCCUCCCCUCUGAGGAGCUGGGCUUUGAGUUCAGCGCCGCCAACAUCUGGGCACCCUUUGUCAAUGGAGGAGGAGGGAAGGUCCCAGGCUCCUCCCAGCAGCAACCUCUCCGCCGAAACAGCAGCGGCCUGAGUGGAGGCGCCAUCACACCCCGCCUGUCCCCCACCCUGCCCCCCGACGCCGUGGUGGGACCCCUGGAUCAUCCGAUGGCCCGCCGGGCCCAGAGCGACCCUCUCAGCGCCCUCUCAUGGCUGCAGUCGGGCGGUACUGGUGCAGGGACCAUCUCUGGAGCAUCUAGCUCCAGCUCCGGAGGCUCAUCCACCGGUUACUCCUCCUGCUCAGCCUCCUCCCUGCCCGGAGGCUCUCCCACAGACUCAGAGGGCGGGGGCAGUGGAGUGGGCCUGGCCUCUGGCAUGCUGGUCCGACUGAAGGCUGCGGCAGGCUCUGGGGCUGGAGGUCUGAUUGGUGUAGGGCCAGGGGGCGGGAGCAGGGACUGUUUUGUGUGCUUUGAGAGCGAGGUGACAGCGGCACUGGUGCCCUGCGGCCACAACCUCUUCUGUAUGGACUGCGCCGGACAGAUCUGCCAGUCCGCUGAGCCCGAAUGCCCUGUCUGCCACAUCCCUGCCACACAGUGCAUCCGUAUCUUCUCCUAAUGAACCCCCUCCAAAGUCAAGGGAGGGAAGGGGACACAAGGGGAGGUGAGAGGAGGGGUGUCAUCUUAAAAAACAUCACUUUUUGUCCCUCUGGCUAUCCAAGAGAACUGCAGUUGGGCAUCAACUUUGGAGGAACGGACACCAACAACUUUUGCGAAUAGGAUGGGCUAUAAUGAUUACAAUAUUAGAAAUGACACUAUACGGAUGUUGAUUUAAUUAUAAUAACUAUGACAAGAAUAAUGGUAGUAAUAAUAAUAAUGAAUAUUAUUUCCAGACGGGCUGAUUUUGAUUGAUUCUGCAGACUGCAGAAGCAGUUGGGCUUGGAAUCAAGAGAAUUCACGGUGGACUUGUGUCUUAUCUUUCUUCAGGCCUUCAUUCUGACCAGGACAAGCCUUCAGGACUGACCUCGCUCAGCCUCUAGGUUGCCUGUCUGUAUAGUUUUCAUUCCCUCGCGUCUUCUUCAGAUAUCUGACUGCUUCUUUCACAAUCCUUUUCCUUUGCCACUUUUGUAAUUAAUAACAGAUAUUUUUCAACGGAGCUGCCUAGACCUGCACCUUUCUGGUUUCUUUCCGAUGUUCUUUGACAGGAUACGAAACACUGUUUUUCUGAUCUUCUCUGUUCUCUUUAACUCUUUCUUUCUCUCAUGCUGUAGUAUAGUGACGUAAAGAAAAGGCUUUGGGAUUGUGGUAUGAGCCUGGAACUGACUUUGAAACAGGCACAGAAAGAGACACCUAUGAGACGAGGCUGAGGGACCUCAUAGAUGUUAUGAAUGAAGACUGAAACACUUAAGAUAUUUAUACUGUUCAAAAACUGAUAUUCAAUGUCUUGGUUUUAACGUCCAGUAUAAGAAUAAUAUAAUAGUUUAAAGUUAUUUAAGGAAUAUCAGUAGUAAUGCCAUAGGUCAGUUACUCAGUUCCCGUUGGUCUGUCUUUCUCUCAAACCCUCUCUUCCUAUCUCCCCUCUACCCUCCCCGCUCUCCUUCAAUAGUUCCAGAUUUGAGCUUUGUUUCUGGUUCGAUUGAAUGAAGCGGAGCCGAGCCUUGUAUUAAACCCUACUGUUGUAUUCCAUGUCGAAGGCUCAGCUGACAACAGAAUGUGUAAUUGAAACAAAUGUCUUGUUUUUGGCUCCAUUCCUCUUUCUUCCCCUUGUGGAGCUCAGUGUAGACACCUAGCCAUCCACAUGACAAACUAAACCCAGUCCACCCAGAUCUUCCAUUUUAUACAGUUUGCUUUGGACAGCUAAAUAGUUUUUAGAUAGGUUUUGGCUUUUUCACUGUAAACUGUGGUCCGGUUUGCCCCUGACUUCUCUUUCUCUCUGUCUCUGUCUGUCUCUGUCUGUCUGUCUCUGUGUGUUGAAGUCCAACAGGAGAAUAUUGGUCUUGGUGAUGUCACACACACACAGGAAUGUCUCUGCCAAUAAGGAUCUUGGUUAAGAGGAGGCGGCCCGUCCCCAGUAUUAAGGGGCGUCAGAAUGAGCCGUCUCUCUGUGCACUGCAAACCUUGAGCGACACAUUGUAAUGUUUUUAGCCCCCACCUCAACUCCCCCAGCUAAGCUCUUUUUCUCCUAGUCUAACCCCGGAUCACCCUGCCCAUUCGGCAGUGGCAUCCUGGGAGAUAUGUUUUCUGUGUAUUUUCGUUCUAGUAAGUUCACAUCAACUGCCUCUCUCCUAUGGUGUUUUUAACUAUGAUGUGGACAGGUUGGUUUUCUUGUGAUGGUACGGUACACAGUUGUAGUAUGUAGCCCUUUGAACGUACGGAUGUAUUCAUAGAAUGAGACAAGCCAUGAUAAACAAGAUUAAAAACAGGGCUUCCUAUGAGCACACACACUACAUUUUCAGGUGUUUAACAUUCUCAUUGGUGAUAACAGCGAGAGUAAACAACUUAUCCUAAUGGCAGCUAGUAGCUAUUUCAUCCAGGGCUUCCAGACACUGUGUGUUCAAACCCAAACAGCUGCAGAAUGUGUUGCUUGUUCUUUUCUCUCUGGUCUACGUCUAUAGAACAGUAGUCAACCUUGUUUUUUGGUCAACCCUGUUAGUACCGGUCUGUCUCAGUGGUCAACCCUGUUAGUACCGGUCUGUCUCAGUGGUCAACCCUGUUAGUACCGGUCUGUCUCAGUGGUCAACCCUGUUAGUACCGGUCUGUCUCAGUGGUCAACCCUGUUAGUACCGGUCUGUCUCAGUGGUCAACCCUGUUAGUACCGGUCUGUCUCAGUGGUCAACCCUGUUAGUACCGGUCUGUCUCAGUGGUCAACCCUGUUAGUACCGGUCUGUCUCAGUGGUCAACCCUGUUAGUACCGGUCUGUCUCAGUGGUCAACCCUGUUAGUACCGGUCUGUCUCAGUGGUCAACCCUGUUAGUACCGGUCUGUCUCAGUGGUCAACCCUGUUAGUACCGGUCUGUCUCAGUGGUCAACCCUGUUAGUACCGGUCUGUCUCAGUGGUCAACCCUGUUAGCACCAGUUCUUCUAAUUCACGUCCAUCGUCUGUGAACAAAUUAACAGAAGGCCCUGUUCCAAUACUUUUCAACUGCAGCCUUCCUUUCUCCCCUCACACCUUGAGGUACUAAUCAGUGAUCUACCAUGUGUGGACAGGUGUUCCCAGCAAUAAAGUCACUUCAGAUCAGUGACUGCCUUCAGGGAGGGAGAAGGAAAAUAUGCAUUUCAAGAGAAUGAACACACUUCACAUGGUAUAAGCAGAGCUGAAGCCAAGCUACUUUUUAACAAACCCCUUCUGUGUGUCUAAGAUGCCUGACUAAAUGAGCUAGCCAAGUGAAGGGGACAGCGGCUUGAGGUCUUAAUCUGUAAUCUAAUAGUCAACCCUCGUCAUUUAGAUACACAAUAUCUCUCCCAACUUGAAAGGCCCUCCAUGUCCACAGAUGUGGAGCUAGUAGCCACUGAGGACAAUUGACUGAAGACUACUCUGUUGGUGCGAACUUGCUACUGACACAGAUACUGUUUUUAGAAAAAAGGAACGGACAUAUAGGGCAGCACAGGGGCACAGCGUCCCCUCUCCAGCUCCUCUUUUAGGAAUUAACUGUACAACCCUGACCACCCCGUGGUCUCUUUCUCUCUACCCUCAACGUGAGAGCGAUCAAUCUGUGUAAACUGGCAACCUGUCCCUGCUGGGCUUGGUGUCAAACGUUUAGUUUUCUCUGCUCCUGCAGACACAAGUUAGGUGCAGGGGAGGACGUGACCAUGUCUUUAAAGGAACAGCUAGACUGUGAGUGUUUGUGUGAAUCUCCUUUAGUGUUAAAUGGAGGCCAAUUUUAAAAGGGCCCCUUUUUUCUAGAACUGCCCAUGACUUCUGUCACUUAAUGUCCGUAGUUGAAUUUGCCAGGUGGUUCUGGUGUAGGUUCUGGUCUGGUUGUUUCACUAGCAAACUCUAUACCCAUGGUCCAGAGUGUUAUGGUCAUGUACAGUAACAAACAGCUAAAAGGUACAGAAUAUUCUCAUAUUCUGCAGAUUAAUUUUUUUCUGAGCUUAACCUCGCCCCUCUCCUUUAGGUUUUAAAACAGGGUUUAUAGAGGCUCGUUGAGUGUUGAUCUCUGACCUUUUUGUUACAGAGGUGGGCCCAGAGAGCGCCACGCCCAUCUGGGCAAGCCCCUCCCCCUGAAACUGCCUUUCUAUUUGCUUUAAUUCUUCUUGUAUGCAGAACCAAAAUGUUACGUCAGCAAACAAGGUUUCAGGCCUGACUUGUAUGUAUAUACCCUGAAUACAAUCAAUGGGAUCUCGUUUUUAAAAAAAAAAGUUACCAGACUUAAGUAAUGAAGUUAAGUGUAGUUUUUAAAAACAUGUAUAAUUUUUUGUAAGUUAACCAUAUGCAUGUCUUCAAGCCAUCAGGCAUUAGAGGGGAAAAACUUUUUACACAUUUUUAUUUUUACAAUUUAUUUGCUUACCUAAAUAUCCCAGACAAUAAUGUGACCGUUUUUUAUUACUUCAAAAUGAUUUUUUAUUUACCAUAUUAUUUUCCUUUAUUUCCUGUGUACUACAUAUAGCCAAUUUUAUAACAACAUGAGAAAAAUAUUGAAGAAAUUUUUAAAUUGAAAUAUAUUUUAUUUGAAAGUUUAUGGACCUUUUAACCGUGAGCCGGAACAAUUGUAUACGCAUAUCAUUUGAGCUGACUUGACGGUUAUGAGAAAUGUAUCAAGAGUUUUAUUUUUUAUGCUACUUUAAUAAAAUCUUGUUUUUGGUUUCUUUUUUUACUGUAAAACAAUAA